AAAAAAAAAUAUAACAAAAAAAAAACAAAUUCAUUUUUUAUUUAAUUUAUUUAUAAAUAUCUACUUCCGUAUUCUUCCUUUCACAUUCUAUACUACUACUAUUUUCACUCUCUCUCUCUAGACUUUUUUUCCUUUCUCUCUCUAGAAUGCCUCAAGUUGAUUUGGAAACUCUAGUCUCCGCUUGUGCCGGCGGCGCCGCCGCCUCGAGUGAACGGAAAGUCGCAUGUGUAACUCUAGCCUCCGGCGACGGCGAAAAUCCAGCGAAAAACGACUCCGAUGAAAAGCCACCGGAUUUCCCGCCGGAAUCGUUUUGGCUUUCGAAGGAUGCUGAAUUCGACUGGUUCGAUCGGAACGCUUUUUUGGACCGUAAACAGUCUACUAAAGGUAUCGGUAUCGGUGCAGGUACGCAUUCGAAUUCCAGCUCACAGAGAUUUACAUCAACGUUGAAAUCGAAAUCUAAAGCUUCAAUAAUCGGAUUUCCGAAAACACAGAAAGCUACUUACGUCGAUUCAAAACGACGGAUUUGCAAACCGGCGAACAUUCGGCUUUUUCCGGCGAAACGAUCGGAAUCUGCACUCAAAUCUUCGUCGGUUAAUGAGCCGUCUUCGCCGAAAGUAUCAUGUAUGGGAAGAGUUCGAUCCAAACGGAGAUCUCGAAGCCGGCGAUCAUCGGAAAAUCCGAAAAAAUGUGAAAAAAGUGCAAAAAAACCGGGAAUUUAUUCACGGAUAUUGUCGAUUUUCCGGUCGAACCGGAAUAGUAAAAAGCCGGUCCGGUCGGUUACGGAGAAAGUGCGGAGAGAAGAACCGGUUAAGCUUAUGAGGAAGAGUAAGAGUGUGAGUAUUGCGAAAACGCGGGGGGCUGAACCGGUUGGUGUUGAACCGGGUUUAGGUGAACCGGUUGGUUUAGGAGGGAUGAAACGGUUCUCUUCCGGUCGAAGAUCAUGGGGAGGUGAUGAAAUCAAUGGAGUUGUUUAAAGUGGGUCCCAAUAAUAGAAGAAAGUUGUGAAAAGGUCUUGGGAUAGUUGUUGGCGGAAGAUGACAAGUAUUUUGCGAGUCGUGUGAAAGUCGACUCGAAUAGCAUGGUUAUUCAGGAAAAAAAAAUGUCUUUAUGAUUGGUCAUUGUGAUGGACGGCAAAUAUUCCAUAUAAUAGUCGAGUUGCUUGAAAGUUGGUUCGGGGUCUUCAUAAUACUUUGUUGUGUUAGGUGGCAAGUAUUUCUAGAAUUAGUUGAGUUGCUUGAAAGCUGAUUCGGGCGUCUUCAUGAUAUUUGUUAUGUCGGGUGGCAAGUACUUCUAGAAUUAGUCGAGUUGCUUGAAAGCUGGUUGCAGACGUCUUCAUGAUAGUUUGUUAUGGUUGGUGGUAAGUAUUUUUAGAAUUAAUCGAGUCGCGUGAAAGCUGGUUCGGACAUACUGGAAAAAAAGUCUUUCAUGAUAGUUGGAAUAAUUUUUGGAAUUUGGCACAGUUCUGUUAAAUAUAGAUGGAAAAAAGGGUAUAAUUAGGGUACUUUUUUGAUAUAUUUUUGCUUUUUACAAUGUUGUUUGCUUUUCUCCUUGCUUUAUGAUAUAUUGACCUUUUCAAUACUACUAGAAUGACGAAUAGGUUUAUACACCAUAUUGUAAAUAGAUUUUGGUUUUGGAGUGAAAGGCUUGUAAAUUUUAAUAUUUUCUAUUAGUCUUAGAAUGUUAAGAUGAAAAUGAUUUGGAAAUAAUUGUUUCUACUUUGUUUUCAA